GGCCUCCGUGCCAACAGUGUCGCUGUGGAGCCGGGUGGGGCUCCAGUCCCCCGGUGGGCUCUCGCGAUAUUUCCUUUGGAACGAAUUCAAACAUGGCGUCAGAAGAAGAGGCGGGUAGCACCGUUGUGGCUGAAGCAGACCCAGCCGGAACCGAGGCGGUGUUGACUGAGCUUCCUGUCAGCAUGGACACAGAGUCUUCCAGCGGCAAGGAGGGCCUGGAGGCGGCAGGUGAAGCAUCGGAAGCUGCCGACACGCUGACCGGCUCCGGGGAUGAGGACAAUGGGCGGCAGCUGGGUGAGGUGGAGCUGCAGUGCGCCUUGUGUACCAAGUGGUUCACCGCUGACACCUUUGCCAUCAAUACCGCGACUUGUCUGCCCUUCAUGACCAACUACGUGUUCCACUGCAAUGUCUGCCACCAUAGCGGCAACACCUACUUCCUCAGGAAACAAGCCAACUUGAAAGAGAUGUGUCUGACAGCGCUGGCGAACCUAACCUGGAGAUCCAGGAGCCAAGACGAGCAUCCCAAGACCAUGUUCUCCAAAGACAAGGACAUCAUUCCAUUCAUCGACAAGUACUGGGAGUGCAUGACCACCCGCCAGAGACCCGGCAAGCUGACGUGGCCCAACAACAUUGUGAAGACCAUGAGCAAAGAGCGCGACGUUUUCCUGGUGAAGGAACACCCCGACCCCGGCAGCAAAGACUCUGAGGAGGACUACCCCAAGUUUGGCCUGCUGGACCAGGACCUGGGGACCAUCGGCCCCUCGUACGACUCCCAAAAGCAGUCGGCCGUCACGCCCACCGCCGGAGGCCUCAACGGUGGAUCCUCUUACUCAGGUGCUCUGGCGCCCGUGGCGGGCAAAGGAAGAGGAGCCAAGCGUAAGCAGCAGCAGCAGCAACAGCAAGAGGGUGCCACCGCCGGUGCUACCAAGAGGACACGCAGCGACCCGUUGUUCUCGGCACAGCGGCUGCCCCCCCACGGCUACCCUCUGGAGCACCCCUUCAACAAAGACGGCUACCGCUACAUCCUGGCCGAGCCGGACCCGCACGCCCCCGACCCCGAGAAGCUGGAGCUGGAUUGCUGGGCCGGCAAGCCCAUCCCCGGCGACUUGUACCGGGCCUGUCUCUACGAGCGCGUUCUGCUGGCUCUGCACGACCGAGCACCCCAACUGAAGAUCUCCGACGACCGUCUGACGGUGACGGGCGAGAAGGGCUACUCCAUGGUGCGCGCCUCCCACGGCGUGCGUAAGGGCUGCUGGUACUUUGAGGUUUCCGUGGAAGACAUGCCUCCCGACACGGCCGCCCGGCUCGGCUGGUCCCAACCUCUCGGUAACCUGCAGGCGCCGUUGGGCUACGACAAGUUCAGCUACUCGUGGCGUAGCAAGAAGGGCACCCGCUUCCACCAGUCCAUGGGCAAGCACUACUCCACAGGCUACGGCCAAGGGGACACUCUGGGCUUCCUCAUCGAGCUGCCCGACCGCACCGAGACGGCUCGAGCGCUGCCGGACACCUACAAGGACAAGGCGCUCAUCAAGUUCAAGAGCUACUUGUACUUUGAGGAGAAGGACUAUGUGGACAAAGCCGAGAAGAGCCUGAAGACCAUGAGCCCCAGCAGGAUGGUGUUCUACAAGAACGGCGCGAGCCAAGGCGUGGCCUUCGAGAACCUGUUUGAAGGAAUCUAUUUCCCGGCCAUCUCCCUCUACAAGAGCUGCACGGUGUCCGUUAACUUCGGGCCACACUUCAAACACGCCCCCAAGGAUGUCGCCUUCCAGCCGAUGAGCGACAUGGGCUGGGGUGCCGUCAUCGAGCAUACGCUGGCUGACGCACUGUACCACGUGGAGACGGAGGUGGACGGACGCCGCAGCCCGCCCUGGGAGGGAUGAGCCGCCCGCAUGCAUCCGUGGAAACAGGCAGCUUCUUGUCUUUAUUUGGACUUUUGACACGCGGUAGGGCACGGGAAGAUCAAGUCAACAGUGGUCAGUGCCCCCCAAUCUUAACAACAAUGUCCACUAAAAGUCAAUUAGCGGGUUAAUUAUUAUUAUUAUUAUUAUUAUUAUUAUUAUCAUGGAAGAGAUUUUCUACCUAUCGUUAUAUGUCAUUUGCAUAGAUUAAUGAACAAGGAUCCCCUUUUUAUGUAGUUGAUACUUUAAGAUCAAUUUAGUGAAAUUGGAUCAUUUUCCACACACUUCCUGGGCGAAGUGCAUCGGUCGGGCAUCACUGAGUUCUAUCCCAGUUCAAACUUGAAACAAAUGAUGCAGAGCAAGCAUUCCUCAAUUUGGCCAACGUUUGUCAUCAUUUUGAUUAUUGAUUGACAGGCGACACCGCACGACACUCUGAACGCCAGUUUGUUUGUCGCAUUAGAGUGCCACGUGGUGCUUCAUUCCACCGCACCCGCCGCGUCGUCUCCUGUACACAGUUUAUUUUUCUUUUAACGGACUGAAAUAAAAAUAGGCUACGUGGAUGA